GGAGGGGGCGUUUCUUCCGCAUUCGUUUCUUGUGUUUACACAGUAGUUGUGAACGUGUAUUUUGUCAAGAUGACUGAUCAGAAAGCACAAAAUAUAAGCUCUAUUCCAAUCGAUGCAUUUAGCAAUAUGCGAAUCACAUCAAUAUGGACAUUUCUGAUGUCUAUACAGUGGUCGGAGCCGUGGCUUAUUGGACUUCUGGGGUUCCAUGCUGUCUGUCUCCUCGCAACUCUCCUGACACGUAGAUUCUACAGAGUGCAAAUAUGCCAGUUCCUGGUUAUGGUAUGUAUGGUGUACAGCGCUGAAUAUCUGAAUGAGGUGGCAGCCAUGAACUGGAGGUCAUUUUCCAAGUUCCAGUACUUUGACUCAAAUGGGAUGUUCAUAUCUUUGGUCUACUCCAUUCCCCUUCUGCUCAACACAAUCAUCAUUGUUGCGUUGUGGGUGUACAGGACGUUCUCCACCAUGAUAGAGCUGAAGACCCUGCAACUGAAGAGAAAGGCCCGUAGAGAGCAGAACAAGAAGACUGACUAAUCACUCUCCUCUGGGACCUCCAUUGAGAUCAGUGGGGUGCUGAUGCUGGGAAUCACUUCAACUGGAUCCAUGUUAGCUUGGCUAACAUGGUGCCACAUCAGCAUCAGAUGGCAAACAUCUGCAUCACAACAUGGUUGGCUCCAGUGCUUCGACUGCCUAAACUUUUUGAAAGGUAGAUUUGUACUGUGUUUGUAUUAACUACAGUAUGAGAAGAGUGGAGGGGGUGAUCACUAUUGUCUUCCAUCUUUUCAAUGGGUAAAUCUCACACCUGCGUUGCUUAUAUACUUGCCCAAGUUGACUUCCCUCUGCAAAUCAGAACAGACUGGAUGGCUGAAGAAGUAUGGUUGUGGUAAAGUUGCCUUUUUUCAUUAAGUGAAUAUCGUUUGAUGGAAUACAGUGUACAUAUAAAACUUUUAUUAAGGGGACCAAAUAUGUUAUCAAACAUUUAUAAAAAAGAAAUCUUCAUAUUAUGUGAUGAGAAGGUGGCCUACUUGUUUUGCACAACAGUGUAAUGCUCAUGGCAAAUAUUGUCGUUAUUUUGCAUGUAGUGAUAAUGUUUAUGGAAAAUAAAAUGUUGUAUUGAGGCAUAAAUGCAA